AGGGAGGGAGAACAGAACGUGCUAGCCACUAAAUCCAGGUCGUCCAUGACUACUAAUGGUUUCCAGCCAUAUCCAUAUUUUUCCCUCCCACCGUUGCCCUGCCAUGGCAGCGUAUGUGCUAACCGACACCUUGCUCGACUCUUCUCUCCCCAUCGCUUCCACCUCUCGCGCGCUCCCCUCCUCCGCCACCCGCGGCCAGCCGGGCUCUUCAACCCUCCUCCCGGCGGCGUCGACUGGAGCUGGCACGGCCGUGGUGUGUGCUGUCCACGGCCAGGACACCACCAUCCAGGACCAAGGUAUAUGGAUGGAUCCAGUAUUCCGUUGGGGUGUAAACUCUACGUAGCAGUUACAGAUCAAAGGCUGUUAUUCUAUUACUAUUACUAUUAUUAUUAUUAUUUUAUUAGGGGAAUGCAUAUGGCGCAUUUCGUUAUGGUUUCAACGGAGUUACGUCAUUCAAGAUACUUCCUUUGUUCCAAAUUAUAAGAUGUUUUGAGUUUAAUCUUUUUUAUGAAUCAAAAGUAUAUAGUUUAGUGUGAUUGUUCACUUGUUUCAGUCUGUAUAUUGUUCAUAUUAAAAUAUACAAAAUGUCUUAUAAUUUGAAAUAAAGAUAAUAUCUUGCAAGAUAAAAAAGGGGAUCACUCCCAAAAGACACAUGUAGUACUAGGCAUACUUAAGUUGGAACCAUUUAACAUAGUCCCAAACUAUCCCGAGCCUCUGUAAUUCGUAUUCUUCUACGACCCAGUGCGGUGGCACUCGUAUGUAAUUUAUAGUAGAUAGUAAUAUGCAUAUACAUUUAUCCCUAUAAAUUCAUUUGUUUUCGAAUGUCCCAAGUUAAUAAUUAUUGGGGCAGGUCGACUUGCGGGCGGAAACUAUCUGUCACUGUAACUGCCACUCGCCGGCGGCGACUAUGCACUAGCCGCCCCUGCGAUCGGUCGCCGAAUCUUCUUCCCCGCCUUCCGCCGUCGCCACCAUGCGCUAGUACGGUCGACUGCAUGGGUGGUGCCGGGAGACGGCGUACGGGGCACCGUAACCUACCACUUGCCCGCGCUCGGGGUUCGGUUUCUGGACGAAAAUAUACGCCCAAAAUGCAUGAACUACUCCACUAAUUCAACCUGUCACGUUCGACCCACGACUGUUAAUUCGACCCAUGUAUCCACUGACUAGUGUAUUCACUGUAUCACUGGAUAUGUAUAUAUUACCCCGCCAGAUCCAUCGUUUCGAGCCAUCUUCCCCUCACGCACACGCACCGUACCGUUGCCAUGGCAGCAUCCAAGCUCACCCGCACCUUGCCCAUCUCCUCCCUCGCCCCCACGCCUCACGCUGGCCCGGCCCUUCGCUCGCCGCCGACGACUGGAGCUGACACGGGCUUGAGCUGGACUUCAUCAAACAGCGUUGGCCGCGGCACGACCGUGGUGUGCGCUACUGGUGUCGACGGCCAGGACACCACCAUCCAUGGCCAUGGAAGCAGGUGGAAACCAACUGUCUGUGUGCUCCUUGGGGAGCUCAUCAACACAGGAACUAUACUAUUAGGCAAGGUAGCAGUUGAUGGCGGCAUGUUUAUAUUCUCAUUGCUCUGUUAUAGAAGCAUUCUAGGUGUCAUUUUCAUCAUGCCAUUUGCCCUACUCCUCGAAAGAGGGAAGUGGAAAGAAUUGGAUACAAAGGCUCUUGUGUGGCUCUCCAUCAAUGCUUUUGUCGGAUACUCGUUGCCUUUGGCAAUGUAUUACUAUGGGCUACAUGACACAAGCGCCUCCUAUGGUGUGAUCUUCUCAAGUUUGACUCCGCUCUUCACGUUUGUCCUGUCAAUAUUGCUUGGUAUGGAGAGCUUGCGCCUCAAAUCCAAAGAGGGCAGCGCGAAGGUGGUUGGUGCAUUGUUAUGUUUUGGUGGGGCUUUGCUGCUUAGCCUGUACAGCGGAAAGGAACUGCAUCUCUUUACCCCGGUUAUAAAAGGCAUCACUAAGAGUUCUAAUGGAGUAGCAGGAGGACAACAUCAUAUGAGGGGAACCUUGCUUUUGUUGGGUGAUUGCAUAUGUUAUGCAUUUUGGUAUCCCAUACAGGUGAAAGUUUUAAAGGUGUACCCAUGGAAACAUUGGUCAUCAACGUUGACUUGUGUUCUAGGUGGUUUGCAAACAUGUGUCGUAGGAAUAUUUGUGAGGAGGGACAAACUUGCUUGGCAAGUAGGAUGGAACAUUCAACUAUUAACAAUUGUCUACUCGGCUGCACUUGGCACAGCCGCCAAUUAUUGGUUGAAUCUAUACGCCGUGGAAAAGCGCGGACCUGUUUUUCCACCAAUGUUCAACACAUUAUCGAUUGUCUUCACCAUGGUUCUUGGGGCAUUAUUACUAGGAGAAGGCAUCACAGUUGGGAGCUUGUUAGGUAGUGCAUUGGUUUUCAGUGGUUUGUAUAUGUACCUCUAUGGAAAGGCCAGAGAACUCCGUGCGAAGAUGACAUCAGGGUGAAGCAAUGAAAAGCUUCAGGCGCAACCUACCCAUGACUCAAAGUUUGAGGUUCCAAGAUUUGGUCCUUGAUUUUUUGGGAUGCUAGUCUCGAGUGAGCUUUAUGUUAGAAGUUGAUACCACUUUGUUAACGAUUUGACCAAUCCUAAGAUGUGUGAUGGUGCAUUAUUAUUUUCAAGUGAAGUAAACCACUAGUUUAUAGGGUAUCUUUCUUAUUGGAUUGUACAACUGCGAUACCAUAUAGGACAAUAUCUUCAACUUCACAAUACAUGCACACAAAUUGGUGAUUUUGGUCUUAUGUGUUUACAUCAUGAAACGUUCGCUCAAUGUAUUAGUAGGACCCACUGACGCGCAAGGUGUUAGUGUUUUGUUA